AUGUGUAUGCGGCAAUUGUCAUAUCCUUACGGGCCAUAUACUCAGAUUGGUUAUAUAAAUGAAGAAUCAAGUUAUCAAGCUGUUCAAAUUCUUAUGUUACUUACAUUGAAUAAUAGCGUAUUUGAUCAAAAUUCACAAAGUGCCAUUGUCCAAUAUUCGUGGAGUAAUGCUACAUAUGCAGAUUCCUAUUGUCUGUGUACAUCAAGUUAUUGUAAUCAAAAUUUUCAAACAUGUGCUCCCAAUUUAACAAAUUAUAUUCGUUUAUGGACAAUACAACAAAGUUACACAGGAACAAUUCUAACAACAGUAGCAAUGACAACAACAUCAGCAAUUCUAACAACUACAGUUAACAAUGGGAAACAAACACAUUCGGAAAUAUUUCUAUUUCAGUUCAUUACAUACAUUCUCUUUUUUCAUUAUAAUCAUUUAAUCGAAUCAUCACAAAGAACACAGUUUUAA